UCACCCACCGGUGUGGCCCCGUCUGCGGUGCCCACGCGCACCAGUUCAGAGGGGCCGGGUCCCGGUUACCCCUGGCGCUGCCCGGGAACGUGGGGCUGAAUUCCUGCUCCCCGCGGGCUGGGCAGGGCAGGACCGGCACGGGCGGGGCCGCUCCUGGCCCCGGUGGCAGGACCGAGACGUGUCGGCUACGUGGCCCCGGGGCGGGGCGGGCGGCACCGACACGCGAGCGGGGCUGGGUGAGUGGGUACCGGGGGGCACCGGCGGUACCGGGUGUGCUGGCUCAGUGGGUACCGGGAGCACCGGCGGUACCGGGUGUGCUGGCUCAGUGGUACCGGGGGCACCGGCGGUACCGGGUGUGCUGGCUCAGUGGUACCGGGGGAUACACUGGGUGGGCAGCGCCAGCCGGUCCCAGCGCUCUGCGUUCCCAGCGCAGCCCCUCGCACCCUCCCCGCCGUGCGAACCGGGCAGCUCCCGGAGCCCCCUCCCCUCUCCCUCGCCGCGUUCCCACGGGCCCUCCCGCCGCCCCCCGACCCGGUGUUCCCGUCCCGCCGCAGCCCGAGUCGCGGGAUGAGGGAGCCGCCGGUGAUGCUGAUCCUGCUGCUGCUGCUGGGGCCGGCGGGCUGGGCCGCCCCCAGGGCGGGGACGAACAGGUACGGGGGGCACCGCACCGUGAUGGAGGCGGUGGAACGGGGGGCACGGGCAGGGCAAGGCGGAGGUGCGGUGCUUUCAUGGGGACAGGGGCACAGGUGGAGUACGAGGUGGCCGAGGGAGGCUCAUGUGGCUGCGCUGAUCUGAGGCUUCACAGUGCGGGACUGGACUCAUGGGUCUGCGGGGGCUGUGGUGGGGGGCGUCAGGCCCAAGUGGGCAGCCCCCCAGGGCCACAGGUAACCCCCUGUCUGCUGGCCAGGCCUGAGCCCGCCGUGGAUCCGUAUCCCGACCCGCUGAGCCCGGAGUCUCCUGCACCGCUGCUGCUGUGGAGUGCAGUGCGGAGCCUGGGGCCGCCGGAGCAGGACGUGGAGGCCAUGACACGGGAGCAGGCCCUGCUCUACCUCUUCGUGCUCCAUGACCACGACCAGAGCAGGCACCUGGACGGGCUGGAGCUGCUGCAGUUACUUGGCACGGUGCUGGCACAGGCUGGGGGACAGCCGGACCCCGACAUGGUGGCUGCACUGGUGGACCAAGCCCUGGCAAGGCAGGACCUGAAUGGGGAUGGGCUGCUGAGCCCCUCUGAGCUGCUGGACCCCCCUGAGGUGCUCUUGCCUGGCCAGAAGCAGGGACCCCCAGGACAGCCCCCCCCAGAGCAGCAGGCAGGGGUUGGGGCUGUGCCUGGGGCGGGCACAGAGAUGCCCACACAGGACCAGGGGCUGAGAAGCCCAGAACAGGCAGAGACUGGAGACCCCCAGACUGGAGACCCUGAGGAUGGAGCCCCCAAAGUGGAAUCCCUCGAGGUGGAAUCUCCCAAUGCUGAGGCCUUGGAAGCAGAAGUCAUCCCUGAAGCCAAAGCCCCCAGUAGUGAUACCACAGAGGAAGAGGAAGCCCCUGAGGCUGAAGCCCCUGAGGAGCAGGCAGCCCCAGCCUGGAGGGACCAUGGGGAGGGGUAGGCAGUGGGGCUGGGGGAUGCAGUGCC